CAACUAUAGAACUAUAUAUAUCACUUUCUUGUUUCUUUGGUUUCUUUCAGAAAAUAUUAUUUUUGUCUUACGAGAAUAGUACAAUUUUCUUUUUACAUCAAUUUCUGUGCGGCUUUUCGUGUUUGUGCACAUUCUAAAGAGUUGUCCAACUGUCUUUUUUUGCAUAUUUGUGCCAAAGUGGAUUACUACCAAUCAACCAUCACUUUCUAUGUAUGUUAUAUACAUCUUGUUAACUUUCUGAGAAGGUGUUACAAUAUUUGCUUCAAGUUUUAUUCUUGCAACGUAAAUGGGGUUUGGUUAAAAUUGGUGAUUUUGUUAUAGAAAUGGUAUCUUUACCAAUUUGAAAGGACCUGCCAUGGAUCUUGAAGCAAGCUUUUAUCAUAAUCGUGUAAAGAAAGAAUCUUGGAGGACAAUCUUGACAUUGGCAUAUCAAAGUUUGGGAGUUGUUUAUGGGGAUUUAAGUACCUCACCACUCUAUGUGUUUAAGAGUACUUUUGCUGAAGACAUUUUACACUCAGAGACAAAUGAAGAAAUAUAUGGUGUCUUGUCAUUUGUAUUUUGGACGUUGACUUUGGUUCCUCUAUUGAAGUAUGUUUUCAUUGUGCUUAAAGCUGAUGAUAAUGGUGAAGGAGGUACAUUUGCUCUUUAUUCACUCCUAUGUAGACAUGCUAAAUUGAAUCCAUUGCCUAGUUUCCAAGUAGCAGAUGAUCAAGAAUUGUCAACCUACAAGAAGGAUAUAAGUACUUUUGGUGCAAAAGUUAAAUCAACUCUGGAGAGAUAUAGAGUAUUACAGAGAUUUCUGCUUUUAUUGGCUCUUAUUGGAGCUUGUAUGGUAAUAGGUGAUGGUAUUCUGACACCUGCUAUUUCAGUUUUCUCAGCAGUUUCUGGUGUUGAACUCUCUUUGGCGAAAGAACAUCACAAAUAUGUGGAAGUUCCAGUUGCUUGUAUUGUACUGAUAGCCUUGUUUGCCCUUCAACAUUAUGGCACCCACAGGGUUGGAUUUCUGUUUGCACCUGUUGUCGUGGCAUGGCUUCUGUGUAUCAGUGCUAUAGGUGUAUAUAAUAUACUACACUGGAACCCUCAUGUGUAUCGAGCACUGUCUCCUUAUUACAUGUACAAAUUCCUGAAGAAAACUCAAACAAGAGGCUGGAUGUCCUUGGGAGGAAUCCUUUUGUGCAUAACAGGUUCAGAAGCAAUGUUUGCUGAUCUUGGGCACUUCUCCCAGUUGUCAAUAAAGAUUGCUUUUACCUCCAUAAUUUAUCCGUCACUUAUUCUUGCAUACAUGGGGCAAGCUGCUUAUCUGUCGCGUCAUCAUGUUAUGGAGAGUGACUAUCAGAUUGGCUUCUAUGUUUCUGUACCUGAGAAAUUAAGAUGGCCGGUUCUGGUGAUUGCUGUACUGGCUGCAGUAGUUGGGAGCCAAGCCAUUAUCACUGGAACCUUUUCAAUUAUUAAGCAAUGCUCCGCUCUCGGAUGCUUCCCAAGAGUCAAAAUACUUCAUACAUCGUCAACAAUACAUGGUCAGAUUUACAUCCCGGAGAUAAACUGGACCUUAAUGCUACUAUGCCUGGCUGUUACUAUUGGUUUCAGAGACACCAAAAGGAUGGGAAAUGCUGCAGGUUUGGCAAUCAUAACUGUCAUGCUGGUUACCACUUGCUUGAUGUCACUGGUAAUUGUUUUGUGCUGGCACCAGAGUGUUCUCCUUGCAAUCUGCUUUGUGAUCUUUUUUGGGUCAAUUGAGGCUUUAUAUUUCUCUGCUUCUUUGAUUAAAUUUUUGGAAGGAGCAUGGGUGCCUAUUGCCAUGGCUUUUGUUUUCAUGAUAGUAAUGUGCAUUUGGCACUAUGGUUCACUGAAAAAAUAUGAAUUUGAUGUUCAUAAUAAGGUCUCAGUUGACUGGCUACUUCAACUAUGCCCUAGCCUAGGCAUUGUAAGGGUCCGUGGCAUUGGUGUCAUACACACUGACGUUGUGUCCGGAAUCCCAGCAAUCUUCUCACACUUUGUUACCAAUCUUCCAGCAUUCCACCAGGUCUUGGUUUUCGUUUGUGUCAAAUUUGUCCCUACUCCUCACAUUAGACACGAGGAACGGUUCCUUGUUGGAUAUGUUGGCCCUAGAGAGUGCCACGUCUAUAGGUGCAUUGUUAGAUAUGGUUAUCGCGAUGCUCACAAGGAUGAUUCCCAGUUUGAGGAUGAUCUUGUAUGUAGCAUAGCUGAGUUUAUACGGACGGGAAAUAAGGAUUUGGGGGACAUGACUGUUGUUGGAACCCCUUCAACUCAAGCAUCUACAGUUGAACUCCGUGAGGACGAUGAAGUGAAAAGUGACUCGGUUGGAACAUCGGAACUUAGAGAAAUACAUGCUUCACCGAUAACGAAGCCAAAAAAGAGGGUAAAGUUUGUCAUACCAGAAACUCCGAAGAUUGACAGAGGGGCCCACGAGGAGUUGCGGGUACUGAUGGAAGCUAGGGAAGCAGGAAUAGCUUACAUAUUGGGGCAUUACUAUGUGCAAGCUAAACAAGGAUCUAGCUUAUUCAGGAAAGUAAUUAUAAAUUAUGGUUAUGAGUUUCUUAGAAGGAAUAGUAGAGCAAUCACUUAUGCAUUAACUGUACCUCAUGCUUCUACUUUAGAGGUAGGAAUGGUCUACCAUAUAUGAUUUUGGGUAUAGAGGAGACAACCAAAUACUUUAAUGAAAUGUGUACAUAUAUGUUUGUAGUUUUCUGUAAGAAUACAAGAAAAGUGUUAAUGUUAUUAUGA